UUUAACAAUAUUUUUUGUCUAAGUUUCAAUUUUUUAAAAUUUUUAUUAUUUUUAACUUUAACUUUUGAAACCUGGAAAAUGGCAAAUUUUUGACGAAUUUGAAUCAGUGACUGACUUUUUUCUAUGAGUUAGUUAGAUUUUACUAAUGAUCGAAUUAGUGAAAAAAAAUUUUUUAUUAAUAGAUCAGAGAAAAAUUUAAUGAAAUGAUUUUAGAAAUUUAAACCCUUUAUUGGAUGACCAAAUAAAAAUAAAUAAAUAAAUUUAUGAAUUUAAUUUUAUUUCUGGAUUUUAUAAAAUUGGUUUUUACCAAAAAAAUUCUGCAAAAAUUACAUUUUUUAUCCUGGAAAACCUGGAAAAGUCAGGGAAUUGUGAUAACGGAAAAGCGUGGCAACCCUGUGGAGACACGUAAAAAAAUCAUUUUAGACCUCAGCUUUAUUUCAGCUAUACAAUCUUUAAGCUAUACAAUCCUAUUUGAAUACUUUAUUUCGUGAUGAAAAAACCUCUUUUCAAUUUUUUAAGUUGGUGAACUGGAUGUGGAGAAAAUAAUUUUUUCUAUUUAAAACUACAAAAAAUUCAAAUUCUAAACUAAUUUAACCUAAAAUUGUAAAUGAUUUAAACGUUAGCACAAUGGAGGAUAAAAAACUAUUAAAACUUCUUGCUGGUGAACUGGAAAAAGAAAAAGUUAUUUAUGAUAAAACAUUUUCGGGUAUUCCCCGUUAUGGCAAUCGAAACCGACAUGUCGAGGAAGCUUUUGAAAAAAUUACGAAACGUAUUCAAGAGAAAGACGACAGUUACUUUUGGUUAAAAGCCGGCGGAGUAGAAGAAUUAUGGGAAAAAGUCAGAUAUAACUACAGUAGACUUUCAAGGAAGGAGUCUAAAUCAUUGAACGAUUCACAAUUUCUUGAAACAUUUUCGUUUCUAAGAAACUACAUACAAAACCGGGAAAAGAACCAAGUAGUGGAUUCAUUUUUAAAAAACAAUUUUAUGUUUAUUUUAUAAUUUCAUGUUUCAUUUCACUUAAAAUACGUUCUUCAAUAACUUCUGAAAUAAUUAUUUUUCUUUUUGUUAAAACAUGGAAUGCGUUAUAUAUUUUAAAUUCUCAUUUAUAAAAAUUACAAGUUUUCAUUAUAUUGUUAUGAUUUCUUGAAAAUAAAUUAUAAUUUCAUCCUUUAAAAAA